ACGUAAGUGAAGCUGAGCCUUUCCAGAGAGAAGCUCAGAGAGCCAGGAAAGAGGGGAGUGCUGGAGGCAAAGGAGGAGAUGUCAACACAGGCCGUGAAUGGAGAAACAGAGGGAAGCGAGUCAAGACAGUGAACGAAAGAAAGGUUCCUCGUGCAAGAGAACUUGCUUCGUCACGGAGAAAUCCACAAGCUUCUCCACAAGCUUCCCCUCCCCCUGUAAAUUCCACAUCAGGAUGCAGACUCUCCUGAAACCUUUUGUCUUCUUUUUACUUCUAACAAAGGGUACUUCUUUGGAGUGUGAUGUUUGUGCUGACAUUGGCACCAGCUGCACAGGGAAUAAGAAGGUUUGUCGUGAGGGCCAGGACACCUGUGUCAUUGUGUUUCUUGAAAGUACUCUAAAUGGCAAGGUGCUUCAGACAGUCAUGAAAGGCUGUGGAUCCUCCGACACGUGCAAUUCCCCCCCAAAGCAUCUUAAUAUGGGGCGUGGGAAAAGUAUAAGGACAAGUUUGACCUGUUGUAUUGGUGAAGCCUGUGCAAACUCCACUCCUCCAGUACCACGAGUAGAGUCUAAAACCAAUGGAAAGCAGUGUCCUUCCUGCUACUCUUCGUCCGGCACAUGCAUUACAGAGAUGGUGAAUUGUACUGGAUCAGAGAGGUAUUGCUUUGAUGUGUUCUCACGUUCGAAUGCUGAUAGUAGAGCCAGAGACAUGAUUAUGAAAGGCUGCACCACCAAGUCAGCCUGCGAGUCAAUCAACAAAGGUGUACCUCUGAUUUGGGAAGAAAACAAUGCUGUUAUCAUAAAGGCCAAAUGUACACCAGAUCCUUCUAGGGGAACUCGAUCUUCUGGGCUCCUCCUGCCAACCUUCUCUGGGCUCCUCCUCCUGAAGAUCCUCUUGUAAAGGGCACCUGCGCAAGACUGCAUAAUCUCUGCAUUCAUUUAUGCCUCCUUUUUAUCCACUUGCCACUUCUGGUUAAGUUUGGCCUUCCAGAUAGAUUUUCCUUAUUUCCCUCAAUGAAAAUAAAAGCCAGGAAUAAAACAAAAUCUAAAUGCAUGUUGUAUUAAAGAUUCUAAAUUACCA